AAAAAGGAAAAAGAAGCUGCCUCCAAAUUAAUUCCCCAUUCCAAUUACCCCAAAUCAAUUUCCCCCAAUUCCAACGAUCGGAGCCCUAAUUCCGCAGCGAUGAGCAGCAGCGACGUGGAGGCCGGCUUCGCGAAGCUGCAAGGCGAGGAUUUCGAGUACUACAUGCAGACCUACUCGAUUAUUCUCGGCCGCAAUUCGAAGAAAUCGUCUGUGGACGUCGACCUCUCCUCCCUCGGCGGCGGGAUGAACAUCAGCCGCCACCACGCUCGCAUCUUCUACGACUUCCAGCGCCGCCGAUUCGCCCUCGAGGUGCUCGGCAAAAACGGCUGCUUCGUCGAAGGCGUCCUCCACCUCCCCGGCAACCCGCCGGUGAAGCUCGAUUCCCAAGAUCUUCUGCAAAUCGGCGAUAAAGAGUUCUACUUCCUGCUUCCGGUCAGGAGCAUUCUCGGCGGCCCGAUCGGCCCCCGCCACCACACGGCUAAUUUUCCGAUUGGGGCCCCGCCGGCGGCGCAGCAUAAUUUGGGGAUGCCGCCGCCCUCCGGCGGCGGGCUAGGGCUUGGGAAGAAGGGGAGAGGAAGAGGGGAGUAUUAUGAGGAUGAGUAUAAUGAGGAGGAUGGUGGAGCUGGAGGGGAGGAGGGCUCGUCUGGAGGUAAACGGAUGAGGCGGAUCGACGCCGGCAUUGAUGGCUCCGGUGGCGGCGGUUACAGUUACGGCUCCGGUGGGAAAGCAGGGGGGUCAGGGCAAUCAGAUAAAAAGGUUGGUGGAAGACCACGAAUCGACAGGGAAUCAGACAACCAGCAGCUCCUUCAGCUGGAGGAGAAGGAUGUCGUGUCAUCAGUCGCAACGGUUCUGUCUGAUCUAUGUGGUCCUGGGGAUUGGAUGCCGAUGGAGAAACUUCACACAGAGUUGGUGGAGCAAUUCGGCAAUAUCUGGCAUCACAGCCGCGUAAGGAAGUACCUGACAUCCGAGGAUGUUUUGACCCCGGAAGCCAAUGGAAAACCGUGGCAUGGAAUGCUCAUGUUGUUGAGGAAGUAUCCCGAGCACUUCGUGAUCAACACUAGAUCAAAGGGGCGCGUCGCCCAGGAGUUUGUCUCGCUCGUGUCAUUGCUCUCCUGAGAGGGUUCUAAGCAUCAUGAGCAAUGGAACAUGUUAACAUGGAUGAUUACUUUACUUUUAUGAAAUUUUAUUCGUUCCUAGUUAGUUUCGAACAUCUGAUUGUGUAAAUUUUGUUUGAGCAGCAAAUAUGUUAUGUAUGAUGUGGAUAUUUGAAGAUUGAAUCUGAAUAGGUUUGAUUGUCAAAUAAAAUCACCACUUUUGACUCA